AUGGCGCCUGACCCAUCCCUCUCCUCCAAAGUCGUCCUCAUAACCGGCGCAAACAGCGGCAUAGGAAAAGCCACCGCCCUCUCCCUCGCCACCCUAAACCCAGCACAACUCUGGAUCGCCGCCCGUAACGUCACAGGCGGCCAGACCGCCGUUGCUGAGAUAAGAACUGCGGCACCAACCGUCGAUGUUCGAUUCGUAGAAUGCGAUUUAGCGAGUUUUGACUCUGUAGCAAGAGCGGCUAGGGAAGUGGUGGCAGGGUGUGGAGGGAGGUUGGAUGUUUUGAUGCUCAAUGCUGGGAUUAUGGGCGGCCACCCCGGCACAACACCUCAAGGCCACGAACUGCAAUUCGGCACAAACCACGUCGGCCAUGCUCUCUUCCUCAAGCUCCUCACACCAACAAUGCUUUCCACUGCCGAAACCACGGGCUCAACACCACGUGUCAUCUCCGUCAGCUCGAGAGGCCACGCUCAUACCGCCGCCUUGCCAGACGGCGGCAUCGCGUUCGACACCUUGAACUCCUCUCAGGCUGACUUAUCAGGCGUGAACAAGUACACGCAAUCCAAACUCGCCAACGUAGUCUACGCGCGCCAAUACGCACUGCAAUACCCACAGAUCCUUUGUGUGGCGAUUCACCCUGGUAAUGUCUUGACGGAAAUCUUCAACAAAGGCGCUGAAGGAGGUGAUGAGCAGAUCAAGUAUCUGGCGAGGGAGGUGGCGCCUAAGAGAUGUGGGUCGCUGGAGGAAGGGAUUAAAAGUGGGGUUUGGGCGGCGACUGCGCAGGGCGUGCUGAGUGGGCGAUAUUAUGAACCUGUGGGUGUGUUGGGCGUGGGAAGUGAGUUGUCCAAGGAUACGAAGCUGGGAGAGAGACUGUGGGCUUGGACGCAGCGAGAGAUGGAAGGGUGGGAGCUCUAG